GCUUCUCCCACUCUUGAGACAUCCUUCUCUCUCUUUAAUGAGCUCAUAUCAUCGUUCCCUUCAACAGUUCCACUCUCGCUCCUCCUCCUCACAUUCGCCCUUUACUUCCCUUCAUUUCUUGACAAAAAAGAUUACUUGAAUUUGACCCUUUUUUAGGCACAAAAGAAACAAAAAGCAAGUAACUUGAAAGAACAAGAAGAAGAAAAGACAACAGAGAUAAUGUCUGAUUAUUCAUUCUUAAACGAUCAGCUCUCAAAACGCACCUCAAUUUUCGGUUUGCGUUUAUGGGUUGUUCUUGGAAUCUGCGUUGGAGCUGCUAUUGUCAUUUUUCUCUUCCUUAUCUCCCUUUGGUUCACUUCUAAACGCCAAAACAAAGCUACCGGCAGCAGCAGCAGCAACAACAACGUUAAGCCUACUCAUAACCCUACUAUCCCCAACGUUUCUAAAGAGAUUCAGGAAAUUCGGGUAGACCGAUCUCGUCAUUCUAACCAGGACCUUAAGCUUAACCAAGCUUCAAACCCGGACCCACUUCCAGAAUCCGAGUCUGUAUUGGUUCUUCAUUCAGAAGAGGACAGCAGCCCUGUUUCUGGGCGCAACAGAAUUCACAUUGAGAUAGGAAAGGAUCAUCGGAUUGCAUAUCCUGAACCUGGAACCGGGUCGGGUCAUGGAUCGGGUGAGGCACGGUCUGGUGAUCAGGGGAUGGCGAUUAUGGCGGUUCCGGAAGUUUCCCACUUGGGGUGGGGACAUUGGUAUACUUUGAGAGAGCUUGAGGAGUCUACUAAUGAUUUUGCGGCUGAAAAUGUGAUUGGUGAAGGCGGUUACGGAAUUGUUUACCGUGGCGUUUUGGAAGAUAAUACUAAAGUCGCUAUCAAGAAUCUGCUAAAUAAUAGGGGUCAAGCUGAAAAGGAGUUUAAGGUUGAAGUGGAAGCAAUUGGACGCGUACGGCAUAAGAAUUUGGUGAGGUUACUUGGUUAUUGUGUGGAAGGAGCUCAUAGGAUGCUUGUUUAUGAGUACGUUGACAAUGGGAAUUUAGAACAAUGGCUUCAUGGAGAUGUUGGGCCUUGCAGCCCUCUUACAUGGGAGAUCCGUAUGAAUAUAGUGAUUGGAACUGCAAAAGGGUUGACAUAUCUGCAUGAGGGACUUGAGCCUAAGGUUGUUCAUCGUGAUAUCAAGUCAAGCAACAUUUUGCUUGAUAAGCAGUGGAAUCCAAAAGUUUCUGACUUUGGCCUAGCAAAGCUCUUGGGUUCAGAGAGGAGUUAUGUGACAACUCGUGUGAUGGGAACAUUUGGAUAUGUGGCUCCUGAAUAUGCUAGCACUGGCAUGUUAAAUGAGAGAAGUGAUGUAUACAGCUUUGGCAUUCUUCUUAUGGAAAUAAUUUCAGGAAGAAAUCCGGUGGAUUACAGCCGGCCUCAAGGAGAGGUAAAUCUGGUCGAGUGGCUUAAAUCGAUGGUUACCAACCAGAAUGCAGAGGGUGUUUUGGAUCCAAGGUUGCCACAAAAGCCCUCUUCCAGGGCACUGAAACGAGCCCUUUUAGUCGCUUUACGCUGUGUGGACCCAAAUGCUCAGAAAAGGCCAAAAAUGGGGCAUGUGAUUCAUAUGCUUGAAGCUGAUGAGUUCCCGUUUAGAGAUGACCGCAGAGCUGGACGGGAAAACAUGCGAUCACUACAAGAUGGUGUAAAGGAUAGAUUGACUGACAAACGAGAACGUGUAAAUGAAUCAGGUGAUAGUAGUGGGUAUGAAAGUUGUGCCCGAACUAAUAGAUUGUUAUGGAGAAAACAAGAAUCUGAAGAUCUUGCAAAUUCAUGAUAAGGUGAAUUGACCCAACUUCUUUAGCUGAUUAUUUUCAUCCAGAGCCAGCUCAGGCAAACAGCACUUUCACCUCUGUAUGUGUAUAAUUCAUGAUGUCUUUAAAUGCUUUAUUUUUUUAGAUUGUGUUGAAUAGAUGCAUGUAAUACCGUUUCUUCCUAUAUUUCAUCAAUCAUUAAAAUGAUGUUAUUAACAUAAGAAGUAGCGAUAUUUUGCCAUGCUCCGAUGCCGAAGGACAUGUUGCCAUGUUACUGUUUAUAAUGCUAAAUACCAACUAUUAUUUUGUUUACUUCAUUAGUUGUUAGGUACUCAGGUAAACAAAUCCAUUUCUCUUGUUUCCCAAGCUUGCUUAUGAAAAUUAUAGUGUUGGUACGAACUGAUAAUUCUUAUUCGAAACUGGGAUUACCGAAUUAUUAGAACCAAAGUAGGAACAAAUGCAAAAUCCAAUUUGUACACAUGAAUCUAUUAAUUUCUUUGUAAUCUCAAUU